AGGUGACCUUUACGUUGCCAGUACGUUUUUCUUCCAGAAGCUCACCUCAGGCGGCGUCGCCAGCGGCGAGGAGGGCUGGGAGAACGUCCAGAGAUGGACAAGAUCGCUCGAGGAUGGACUGCUGGCCAAAAGGUUUGUCAUCGUGCCGAUCAAUGAGCUGAACUUGCAUUGGUGGCUCGCGGUGAUCUGCCACCCGGGCCGCGUGCUGAGCUCGGUGCACGACAGCAUGAAGCUGGCCACCCUGGGGGAGGCGCCGCGCAUCGUGUGCCUCGACUCCGCGCAGGAGCCGCCCCCGAAGGGCACCGCCGUGCAGUUCCUGCGAGGC